AAUGCAGCAAUCAAUUUCAUGCAUGAUGAUGCGCUUGUCGGACGUGUCGAUGAGACGCGACCCGCGAUUGCUGCCUGCAAAGUCCCAAACUGAUCGCCCUGUCUUCACCGACGACCACACCUCAGAGUAUCCAACACCAUUUUAUUGACAACACCCAUUUUAUUCAUUGAAUCAAGCAGCUUCAGUACUCGCGCCGGCGUAGCUUGUCGCAGUGAUUGCAAGUUUCCUGAAACGUCCUUUCGCGUGUUUCUUUAUCGCGUCCGACAUUGAUUCAGCAACCGCUGCAGCAACACACAAACAAAAGAGCCAAUUCACCAGAAGCUCAUAUAUCAGCGACGCUGGUCUGUUCCAUCAUUUUCAGCAUUAUCUCUCAUUCCAUCAAUCAGUUUGACUCAAGACUCACUCAGCCAUUCACAAUAUGUCAGCUCCACAGCGUGGAGAUAGAGGAGGCGGUCGAGGUGGCCGAGGCGGCAGAGGAGACAGCCGUGGAGGCUACUCUAACCGUGGUGAAUCCUCUGGCGGCAGCAGCCGUGGAGGCGGUGCUCCCAGAGGCGAUCGUGGUGGUGGCUCUUCUAGAGGAGAUCGUGGUGGUAGUGCCCCCAGAGGAGACCGUGGUGGUGGCUCAUUCCGCGGCGACCGUGGUGGAUUCCGAGGCGAUCGCGGCGGCGGUUCUUAUCGAGGCGACCGUGGUGGCUUCCAAAGCGAUCGUGGUGGUCGAGGUGGUGGUGCUGGCCGUGGACGUGGAGGAAGCUUCCAGGUCCCAUACCACUCUGGCCCUCCUAGCAACAGCAUUUUCCUCGAAGGCAAUGUCCCUCAGCCGGAUCAGGCAGUCCAAGCUCUCGAAGACAUUCGUGUUAAGAGCACUGCUGGCCAAAUCAUUGACGACCAGUUCCCCGGACGUCCUGGCCAUGGUACCAAAGGUCUACCGAUCGUGCUGCGUGCCAACUAUUUACGCCUGACUACCGCUUUUGAGACAGGCAAGCAAGAGGUGCCUCUAUUCCGCUAUGCUGUCGGCACCGUUGGCGGUGAGAAGCUCAGCAAGCCAAAGAUGCGUCUCUUCGUGUCGAACAUUCUCAAAGACCCAUGCUUCAAUGGCAUGCAGGUUGCGACCGACUACUCGAGCAUCAUCGUGACAACCAAGAAGGUUGACCUAGGCCCUGCCGAUCGCAAGCAAGGCAAGGUCGAACUCAUCGACCCUGACCUACCUGCUUUCACGGGACCCGACAAUGCCCAAGCUCAGGAAGCCAAAAGCCGUCGUACAAAGCCAUUCGAGCUGCAAAAGACUGGGGAAUUCAGUUUGGCCGAGCUCGUCCGUGCCCUUCAAGCAGUCAAAUCCGGCUCCUUGUUCGAAGGCAAAGCUGAUCUUGUGCAACUACUUAAUAUCAUCAUCGGCAAGACUCCCAACGAGAGCGCUAACGUCUACUCUUUGGGCCAAAACAAGUAUUACCCUGGCGUCGGCUCACCAUUGAUCGAGCACGCUGAAAUUGGCGGUGGCCUCGAAGCACUCCGUGGAUACUAUGCUAGUGUUCGCACCUCUUCGAACAGAAUCUUGGUCAACCUCAACGUCGCGAGUGCGGCGUUUUACAAAUCAGCACCGCUCAUGAACCUGAUUGUCGAGUACGUCGGUGGUUAUUCUGGUCAGCCUUCAAGACCACAAGACGUAGUUAGAGCCGAAGCAUUCAUUCGCAUGCUUCGCGUUCGAACCGACUAUCUCAAAGCUCUUGACGCAAGUGGCAAGCCAAAGAAAGAUGGUCAAGGAAAGCCUCAGACUGUUCCCAGCUUCAAAAGCAUCUUUGGCUUGGCCCUUAGGCCUAGGAACGGUAGCGCCAAACAGGUCAAGUUUUCGUGGACUGACCCGAAGACCCCUCAAGCCGCAGCUCGCGACAUUACUGUGUUCGAUUACUUCAAGUCCCAGCACGGCAUCACUCUCCAGCACCCAGACUUGCCUGUCCUCAAUGUCGGCUCGAGAAACAAUCCCACGUACUUGCCUAUUGAGCUAGCAACAGUUCUUCCUGGACAGCCCGUCAGACGUCUACUCUCUGGUCUUCAGACAACUGCUAUGAUCAACUUCGCGGCAAGGGCCCCCCGUCUCAAUGCAGAGUCUAUCGCUGGAACGCCCGGCAAUGGCCUGAAAACAAUGGGGUUCAACGGCCCAGCCCAGACACUGAACAAUUUCGGUUUCAAUGUGGGUACUGAACUCAUCUCGGUGCCUGGCCGCAUCUUGCCUACACCUAAGGUCUACUACGGAAAUAAGGAGCUGCAAGCUAGAGAAGGAUCUUGGAACCUCAUGAACGUCAAGUUUGCCAAGCCUGGCUCUAUUUCCAAGUGGGCUGCUGUUGUGCUGAACUACAACGAUCAGCGAGGCAAUGCACUGCUGCCCCAAGGUGCUCAGAUGCAAGGCAUGGACGUUCUUGACGACAACGGUAUUCUGGCAGCUCUUGAGCGCCAUCUAGGAGCCUACGGCGUGAGAAUGGGUCCACGCCUGGCCACGCAGCAUCAUACUAUUUCGCGACCCAAUGAGCAGAGCCGCCAGGACAUUGAUGAGAAGCUUGAUGAGAUCCUCUUCAAGGCGUCAAGCCACGAUAUCGAGCUCCUCUUCAUCGUCCUCAAGGAAGCUGACAAAUGGCUCUACAGUCGCAUCAAGUACUACGGUGACGUCAAGCAUGGAGUCCAAACCAUCAACGCCGUCGGUAGCAAGAUCCAGAAACCCAAGGGACAAGACAUGUACCUUGGGAACUUGGCUCUGAAGUUCAACAUCAAGGGUGGUGGCGUCGUUCACACUCAACGUGACAUGGGACCGCUUGAUGGUAAGAACACCUGCAUGCUCGUUGGUAUCGACGUCACGCACCCUUCGCCUGGUUCUGCCGAGGGCAGUCCCAGUAUUGCCGGCGUCGUCGCCAGUGUGAAUGACCAGGUGGCUCAGUGGCCUGGCUCGUUACGCUCUCAGAGGGGUAGAGAGGAGAUGGUUCAAGGUCUCACUGAAAUGAUGAUGGAGCGUUUGGAGCUUUGGCGUAAGCACAACAGAAGCCUGCCCUCCAAAAUCAUCUUUUUCCGUGACGGUGUCUCUGAAGGACAGUACAACCUUGUUCUUCAGCACGAGGUGCCUCCCAUCCACAAGGCCUUCGAGACACUCUACGGCGACCAGAAAAAUUGGCCAAAGAUCACUAUCAUCAUCGUCGGCAAGCGUCACCACACCAGAUUCUAUCCUACCGACAGCAAAUCGAUGGACCAGAGGACUGGCAAUCCUAUGCCAGGAACUGUCGUCGACAGAGGCGUAACUGACCAUUACCUCUGGGACUAUUUCUUGCAGGCUCACAAGGGCUUGCAAGGAACUGCUAGACCUGCCCAUUACGUUGUCAUCAAGGACGAGCUCAACUUCAGCCAGGACAGCCUCGAAUCUUUCACGCUAAAAUUGUGUUACAUGUUCAAUCGCGCCACGAAGGCUGUCUCUAUAUGCCCUCCAGCAUACUACGCCGACCUGAUCUGCGAGAGAGGUCGUAUGUACCUCUACUCGACCUUGAACGAGAACCAAAGCGCGAACGGCUCGGCCUACAACUCGCAGACAGCCGACUGGACCCAAGGAGUUCACCGUAAGCUGACUGAGAAGACUUUCUAUGUUUGAGCUUCUUUGCUGUUUCGAUCUUUUGUUUUUCUUCGGACGCCGGAGUCAUUUCUUGAAUUUUUUCAUAGGAAACCACAGCCACUCUUUUUUAAGCGCAUUCAUUCAUUCAUUGUAUGCUACAUAGCAUGACGCUUUACGGCCAAUCAGUCAGAUAUCAUGAAAUGACAAUUAUUCUCGCAU